GUUGACAAGAUUCAAGAGGAAGAAAAUGUGGUAUGGUGCCCUCAGUCUGCUGCGGUUGGACCAAUGAUCAUAGCAGAAGGUACAAGAGAAUCAUGCACUGAACAUUUCAUACGCAACAAAUUCCAGAGCAAGAAGUUUACCAAUUUGACCUCUCUCUCUCUCUCUCUCUCUCUCUGUGUAUAAUUUACACCUUAUGACACUACCAUCUGUCUUUUUCCUCCCUCCAAAAUGGCUUUUCCUUCUUCCUCCCUCUCCUCCUCUCCUUUUCUUCUUCAAUAUCCACCAAUUCUGAAGGGAAUGCUUUACAUAGUUUGAGAACAAGAAUUUCUGAUCCCGACAAUGUUCUUCAGAGUUGGGAUCCUACUCUUGUCAAUCCUUGUACUUGGUUCCUUGUAACUUGUGAUUCCAACAACCAUGUUGUUCGUUUGGACUUGGGCAAUUCUAACAUUUCUGGAAGUUUGGGUUCAGAGCUUGGUGAACUCAAUCACCUGCAAUAUCUGUAUUCUUCUCAGCUCAAUUUUAUCAUUAAAUUGUGAUAUAUGUUUCCAUGUUUUUGACAAGGUAGAAAUUUUACAUGGAUUCAGGGAGCUUUACAGUAACAAUCUAAGAGGAAAAAUCCCCAAGGAGUUGGGGAAGUUGAAAAAUCUUAUUAGCAUGGAUCUAUACGGCAACAAAUUUGAAGGAAAUAUUCCUAAAUCUUUUGCCAAAUUGAAGUCUCUUAGAUUUUUACAAUUAAAUGAUAACAAGCUAACAGGCUCAAUUCCAAGGGAACUAACCACUCUUUCAGACCUCAAAGUUUUUGAUGUUUCUAACAAUGAUCUCUGUGGAACAAUACCGGUCGAUGGCCCUUUCAAAAGUUUUACCAUGGAAAGUUUCGAGCACAACAAACUUAACGGACCUGAGCUGAAAGGACUGGUGCCCUACGACUUCGGAUGCUAAGUUGGUCAAUAAUUGCCUCUCUCUUGCUCUUCACUGGCUUGACAGGUGAAACGGCAUAGUAGAAUCAUAAAUAUCGACUUCUAUGUGCAUCUUGAUAUUAUAUAUUGUAACAGCAUGAAACUGGAUAGCAGCUUGAAUUGCUAGACAUGGAUGAUAAUAAAGCAAAGUUCAAACGCGUGA